GACGUUUAUCAAAGAUCUGUCAUAAAUAAACUGAUCACUGAUGCCUUGAUGGUGCAGGUCCAAAUAUAUACAGUUUGGCGGUGGCAUUCUGCGAUUUAUUGGUUGAUUAUUCCAUAAAUUGGUCUAUAAAGUGAAUUGGUGGUAUUACAGUUAAAAAUGAAUGAUCACACGAAGCAUUCAACAGAGGUAAAAACAGAAAAACAUGAAGAGCGCGUUGGAACAGCUGGAGGAGGUGGCGGCUCCCAGGAAGCCACCCGUCAAGACAGUAUCGAGCGUAUUCUCCAGCGGAAACAAAGAGUUUAUCAGUUGCCGCGCAAUCAGAAGCUGACCAAAUUGUCCAUGUAUUCGGCAUGUCAGGGAACAGAUUGUCGUUGCACUGGCUGGAAGACGCCGGAAGAGAAUCGUCACAAAGACGUGGAAGUUGAUUAUUGUCCAAAUUUUAAGGAAGAAUGUCGAAACCCAAAUUGUAAACAUACCCUGGAGAUGCACAUUUCUCAUUUGGGGGAAAUUAGUGACGAUCAGAUAAAUGAGCUGCUGGGAGCGAUUGUGGAUGUUGAAAACCUUUACAUGAGUAUGCUAAGAGAAACGGACACGGAUACCAAGAAGGUUUACGCCUAUUUAUUUCGGCUUUUAAGACAAUGUAUUCUUACUAGAGCACAGGCAGUGAUUCGAGGUCCGUUGGGAGAUCCCCCGUUUGAGCAUCCCUCCAUUUCAAAAGCUGUCACAAAUUUUGUCGUACACAAAUAUAGCCACUUGAAUCCCGGAGAAUUAGAAACCAUGACAGAAGUCGCAAAAACCUUUCUCCAUUGUUUAAAUCAUUGGAACUUUGAGGCCCCGAGUGCACGGAAAGAUUUGAGUCAUGAGGAUGCUUCGAACUACAAAAUCAACUACACUCGUUGGUUGGUGUUUUGUCAUGUACCAGCAUUUUGCAGCUCACUACGUCACUUUGAGACAUCAAUUGUGUUUGGCCGUACACUGUUAAAAGCCGUUUAUCAGUAUGUUUAUCAGCAGCUACUUACAAAGUGUAAAACUGAGAAGGACCGGAUGCCACCAGAGAAACGUAACAUGUUAGCGCAGUUGCCAAAAUUUUUGGAAGCUCUCAAACAUGAAGUGGUCAACGAGGAUUCGCAGAUCUGGGAUCCCAAUUUCAAACCAACUGCUUCUCUAAUGUUGCAAAAAAGUAAACGUCAACAUGAGAUUGCGGCUUCAAGCAGUGGUAAGAAAUCGACUGAUCCUAAGCGAUAUAAAAAAGAUUCCGACUGUGAAGAUUUGCCAGAUGAUGUUGUUAUUCGAGCAUUAAAACGUAUCAAUGACACCAAUUACACCAGUCGUGCUGAAGUGGUGUUUCCUCCGAAUGCUCCCAGAGACGAAGCUGCUAAAGCGGAAGAAAACCGCCGAGAAAUUGAAUUUCAUGUGGUCGGCAACUCCUUAACCAAACCAGUAACCAAAGAAUCGAUGUUGUGGCUAUUGGGUUUACAUAGCGUCUUUGCUCAUCAGUUACCUGGAAUGCCACGAGAAUAUAUCAGCCAGCUUGUGUUCGACCCCAAACACAAAACUUUGGCAUUGAUCAAAGAUGGUCGACCAAUCGGGGGUAUCUGCUUCCGGACAUUUGCAUCACAAGGAUUCACUGAGAUCGUAUUCUGUGCUGUUACCAGUAGUGAGCAGGUAAAGGGCUAUGGGACACAUCUGAUGAAUCAUCUCAAAGAUUACAGUACUCAGCGUGGAAUCAAGCACUUUCUAACGUACGCUGACGAGUUUGCCAUAGGAUAUUUUAAGAAGCAGGGCUUCUCAAAAGAUAUCAAAGUCGCGCGAUAUGUUUAUGCAGGAUACAUCAAAGAAUAUGAAGGAGCUACGUUAAUGCACUGUGAACUUCACCCAAGCUUGAUAUAUACUCAAUUUAGCUCAGUCAUUCGAAAGCAGAAGGAAAUUGUCAAAGAAUUGAUUUCCCAGCGUCAAUGUGAAGUUCAGAAGAUACAUCCUGGGUUGACGUGUUUCAAAGAAGGGCUCCGAAGCAUUCCUGUUGAAUCGAUUCCUGGAUUGCGCGAGGUAGGUUGGAGGCCUCAAUUCCGUGCUCAACGUACAUCCCGGCCGCUCGAAGAAUCAGCCGAUCCAGACAAAUUAGCCAAUGCCUUGAACGGUGUGUUGCAGUGUGUUCGGCAGCACUCGGCAGCCUGGCCAUUUCUGAAGCCAGUAAAUCCGGUCGAGGUUCCUGACUAUUACGAUCACAUUAAAUAUCCGAUGGAUCUGAAAACGAUGGGUGAAAGACUGAAAAAUAAAUAUUAUGUAGCACGAAGACUUUUCAUGGCAGACAUGGCACGGAUUUUCACCAACUGUCGAUUGUAUAACUCUCCUGAAACUGAAUAUUAUCGCUGCGCAAAUACACUCGAGCGUUACUUUCAAACUAAGAUGAAGGAGGUCGGGUUGUGGGAUAAAUGAUGUUCGCCUAUGCAAUUGCAGCUGGAAAAGGAUUCAGAUGAUGAUGUCGACGGGGAGGAUGAUGAUGAUAAUAAUAUGAGAGGAUCAAGGGGAGCCGAAUUCGCUUCCAAACCAGAUUACGGCAAGAAGAGCAUAAAAACCGUUCCUGCUGCACUAAGAGAAAUAGUAACGUUGAUGGAACAGAGAUAUGACCAAACAGUUGCGGAUGGAGUAGCCGAUUUGGAAACUACGUAAAAUUGUUAUAUGUAUUUUGAAAUACAGGAUCUCUAUAAAAUGUAAUAGUUAAAGAAUUGUAGAAAAAGCUGCAUCACUUUAUCUCUAAUAUAUGGCAUGUGUUAAGCCAAAGGAAACAAAGCGCCGCUUUGAUAUAUCUGCGUAAAAAUGCUGUCGCAUACAAUUUGGCGCUAGUAACACCCACAUCAAUGUAUUUUUGAGUACUCAAAUAGUAAUCGUAAACGAAUUAGUCUCUCUAAACUUUCCAUGUUAGUGGUAACUUAUCGUCACCAUGAACCAUAUUCUCACAGUCACGUCACCAUGGGCCCUAUUCUCACAGUCACGUCACCUAGUGAAGAAAAUUUUGUUCUAGUCGCUAGGUGACGUGACUGUGGGAAUAGGGGUCAUGAAUUUUGGCAUGAAAAUACCUGAACAAUUUUAUGGCGCUCAGUUCGAUUUUGGCUUAAAGUAGUCCAUA